GUCUUGUGUGCAGCGUUGGUGGUUCUGGGUGAGUUCCUCUGAGACUUCCUCUCUGAGUCUGAACUGUCUUCUAGUUCUAGUGUGUGCACACAGAAGAGCAGCUCAGUGUGUGCUUGUCCGUUAGCUGUGAGAGAUGGGAGACCUCCAGUCUCUGCGAUUCUUCAUCAGCUGUCUGGAUCAGCGGUCUCUACCCCGCAUCCUGCAGAUCUGCUCUGGGGUCUAUUUCCAGGGUUCCGUGUAUGAGCUUUCAGGGAGUGAGGUGUGUUUAUCUACUGGAGAUUUGGUGAAGAUCAUUGGUCUAGAGCUCCUGUCUGUGUCAUGUGAGGAGAUCGACACUGGAACUUCCUUUGAACUGCCGACUGGAUAUACAGGUCACUUCAGUCUCAUCGCUGAGGACCUACCGUACAAUACAAUAGAGGAAAUUGUGGGUUUGUGUCCUGUUGGAGUGGACGCCUGCGGCUCCUACACCUUCAUAUGCCAAAACGAGCUGACUAUAGACAACUUCACGCUAUCUGCAGGAAAACAGCUGACCCUGUUGUCAGUGGAGGUGGCCAGGAAUGGAGAAAGACUGGCGCGGUGUCAGGUGUUGGGGCAGAACAUGGCCUCUGCAGAGAUCCUCCUUCCCCUGGACCUCAGAGGAGAGUUUUACGAGUGCCAGAGUGACCGUGGCUACUCUCUACAGGAAAUCAUGUCAUCAUCCAGACUGAGCUGUCGUCACUUCCGCAGUGAAGCAGAGAAGAACAGUGGAAGCGCGUUGAUUUUUAGCCCAGUGUAUGAAAUUAGUGCCAUCAUGCAUAUGAGGAAGAAUGUAGUCAAGUUCCCAUCCAGCCUGGAAGUGGAUGUCGAGGACGUGACAGAACAGUUCCCGGAUUUAGUUUUCAUAACACCGCUAUCAAUGACUGAAGUUGCGAGUCAGCCAGCGCAGUCCUUCCCGACUAUGGCAGAGAUCCUUGAUGCCCCAGAAGGCAAUCAGUUUUUUAAUUGCAGCUGGUUCCAUGAACUGCAUAGUGGCAGGCAGCUCGUGUUACAUGCGUGUAGCACAACAACAAUGAUAUUAGCCUCGACUCCAAAGGGGAGGAAGGGAAAACAGUUCUUCAUCAUCUCCAAGAGCUAUAAUGGACGAAUGAGAAGAAGGGCCCGGGAAUUUGAAUCAGUGUAUGAGCUAUACUUGGCAUCCUCUCAGACUCCAGGACUGAAAGUAAGCGUGACCCGUCACUGCGAGGCGGUGGAGGAAGAGGGAAUGCCUGCGCUCAGUGUCGGAGAACAGCUGGAGGUUUUGGGAAAGGCGCCGAUGGACGGACUCGGGGAAAAAUCUGGAGCUGCUCAGAAAGUUGAAUGUUUAAUUUGCAAGCGGACUACAGAGGUGGAUGAGGACGAGGAUGAGGAAGAUGAAGAAGAUAGCGAGGAAAUCUCUCUGCCACUGUUUAUGGCAGGUCACUUUGUGGAAAAGCUUUCAGACAACAAGAAGUAUAAAUUAACAGACUUAAUAAGCAGCACUUUGCCUCUGGAUGUUAAAGUGGUGACUCGGGACAAAGAGCUAGAAAAAGAUCCCCUGAUGGGGUUAUCAGCACUUCAGCUUGAGGAGACUUUCACAGAGACUAUGGUGUUGACAAGUCUACCAAAUCAACCAGACCGGUGCUUUGAGCUGCCAGUACGAUGGUUACAAAUGUCUCUGUGCUUCACCUCCGAUCAUCUGCCGUGGUCCACGUCCCCAGAACGUCAUGUAGAGACAGUCACAGAGGUUACCGAGAAAUUCUACUAUGAAUAUCAUAAACUCGUGAGCAAAAUUGAGGAACCACCUCCUCGGCCACCAAAGAGGAAGCCAUCCACUUCAGAAGUGGCGAAGAAGUCCAAAUCUAAACCGAAAUCAUCAAAACUAAGGAGCGCCGUGACCAAACAGCUUGACAACCUUUCACUUUGUGAGAAAAAGGAAAAACGAGCUCCUGCUCCGCCUCUGCCAGAUACUCUAGACCUGCCCCCUCCACUGUUGCCCCGGAAAGCCUCUUCCGCAGCUGACAGCGUCACGGUGCCCAACACGUAUGUGAAAAGCCCCACAGCAGCAUACAAAUCAGCACAGAGACUCUCUGACGCGGACCUCGACUCUGAACAUGACUAUGAGUCUAUUGAAGAUACAAUUAAAAACCCCCACGAAAGCUUGUUUUAUUAGUUCAAGGACACUUGUAUUCUGCGGUCUUCAUAGCAAGACGUGCCAAAGAAACCAGAGAAUAAAAAAAAAGA